AUGUCGUCAGCCAUCAUCCAGCCGACCGCAGCACACACCGCAACUGUCAUCUUUGCUCAUGGUCUCGGUGACGAGGGAGAAAGCUGGCGCGCAGCGAUAAGCGGCGAUUACGACUACAGAAAACCCGGUGAACUGACGAUCCCCGCCCGCCUUCCUCAUGUCAAAUGGAUCUUCCCGGAUGCGCCUGAGCAAGCAGUCACAGCAAACUUCGGCACUCGGAUGCCCUCAUGGUUUGAUAUAUCUAAUCUACCGCUUCAACCAGGGCAGUACUUCAACAAAGUAUUCGAGGACGAUGAGAGCGUGAGGAAUGGUGUUCAGAUUAUAGACGACUUGGUUCAGGCAGAAGUGAAGGCUGGAAUACCAGAAAGUCGCAUUGUAGUCGGCGGAUUCAGCCAAGGAGGAUCCCUGGCUUUGGUGACAGGUUUGGGUGGUAAAGACUGGAGAACGAAAAGUUCUGGGGAUGAAAGCAAGCUAGCUGGUGUAGUCGUGCUGAGUGGUUGGAUGCCACUCAGAGAGAAGUUCAAGUCGCGCAUCUCUCCCCACGCCAAAUCUGUUCCGGUAUUCUGGGGACAUGGAACAGCAGAUGCGGUGAUAUACCAUACAGUGGGGGAACUUUCAGUUGAAUUGCUUCAAGAACAACUCGGUAUCGUGAAGCAUAGUACCCAUGACCAACUUGGCACUCCUGGAAUAAGCUUUCGGUCAUAUGAACGUAUGGGUCACGCUUCAUGCAAUAAAGAGAUGGAAGAUCUGGUGACGUUCUUGGGAAGUGUCUUACCACCACUGCAGUUUGUAGCAAACCCAGAACCUGUAAUGCAAAUUAUUGCAAGACGCUAGCACCUGCUACCUUCAUAUAUCCAGAGAUUUCAUUCGUGUGUCUGGUGCCUCGGUCAAUUACAUUGCAAUCGCUCUCCCUUGGCCAUUUCUAAAUUGCUGCUUGACAUGGAUAUUGUGCCCGAUAUUCGCAAGAUAUUCGUGUGCGAAUUACCCCUAUAUAAUCCCGCGCUUCUCAAUGUUGUAUCGACGUGGCAGACAUAGAUCACAGCAUCAUUGCCCUCAUUACCCACCACAUCCUGCCGGUGAGAAUGAGUGAGAAUGUGGGUGUAGAGUGGGCUUCAAGUUUCCUAUUUUAUGC